CACACGCAUAAUCACACACACGCAUAAUCACACACACGCACUGCUAGUUCCCCACGUCCGGCGGAGUGGACGGCUGAGACGCAAUGGAAAUGUGUGGCGGUUUCCAAAUCCCGGGCCGGAUUACUCACAACCAAAUUCGGUUCCGCACUCUCUGGGCUACGGGAAAAGGGGCGGGGGUGACAAUGUGGGAGACAGGGGGCGAGAGAGCGAGUAGAGCAAUAGACGAGAGCGCUGUGGCGGAAAGAGCAGAUCUAUCCCUCGGCGAUGCUGGGAUUUAACAGAUUCCCGCUGGAUCCUGCACCUUCCCACGGGAUUUAGAGAACCAGAGCGACGCACUGGACCGAUCUGCACGCCCCCUCCCCAGACCACCCCCGCCCGCCUCCAUCAGCGUCUCUCCUCGUGCGUAAAAUUCAAUCCAUGUGGCGCGGAACCGUCUGGCACCGUCCGUGUCGUCGCUGCUGCUGCUGUCGCCUGGUGAGCUGUUCAAACAGGGGGAGCUGCGCAUUCGCGUUUGACACGCGUUCUAUACGACUUCAGCUACGCGUUAUACUGCGUCUGAAUGCAGCUGCUGGUCGAUAUGAAACGCGCCUCUCUCCGCGAUAACCCGGGCGGCUCCGCCCGUGCCCGGCUGAGCCGCGACGCGUCGUGACUCGCCGCUGUCACUUCUCAAAGCGCCGCCGCUUCCAACGGAGAAACAACACGGACGGCCAGCCGCGCGAGCGGGCGGGCGGGCUCGCGCGCGUUUAUUUGGGACACCGAAAGACGCGGAGAGGAACAGAGAGACGGAGAGAGAGAGAGAGAGACAGAGAGGCUAUCACGAGUCUGACUGCGAGGCUUGCGUCUCAACGCACCAUGGUGUUCGAGCGGAACAGCACUCACAUCCUUCCCAUGCACACGGUGCGCACGUGCGCGGUCAUGUUCUCCGUGGGUCUCCUCGGCAACCUCCUCGCGCUGGCCAUGCUGAUUCGCACCGCGGGCCGCUCCUGCAUCAGCUGCAGCAGCAGGGGCGGCAGAACCGGCACGAGCGGCACCUUCAGGGCCGCCUUCGGCAACAGCAGCGGCGGCGGCGGCAGCGGCGGCAACGGCCGUGAGCUGGGUGCCUUCUACACCCUGGUGCUGGCUCUCACCGUCACGGACCUGCUGGGCACCUGCCUCACGAGCCCCGUGGCGAUCACCGCCUACGGCCGCAACCUCACGGUGCCCGCGCUGGGCGGCGCGGGGCUUUGCACGUCCAUGGCCGCGUGCAUGCUCUUCUUCGGCGCCGCCACGCAGGGCAUCGUGUGCGCGAUGGCCGUGGAGCGCGUCCUCUGCAUCAGCGCGCCGUUCGCGUACGCGGGCAGCGCGCAUCGCGACGUCGUGCUGCGCGUCACCCUCGGCCUCAUCUUCGCGGGCGCCGCGCUCCUGGGCGCCGCUCCUCCCUUGGGCAUCGCCGACGCCGUGGUCUACGAGCCGGGCACGUGGUGCUACGUGGACAUGCGGCCUCGUGGCGGCCGCGACGGCGUCUCUGGCGCCGCGUUCCCGCUCGCGUACGCGUCCGUCAUGGCCACGCUGACGCUCGUCACCGUGGUGUGCAACGCGUGCGUCAUGGUCACCCUGGGCCGCAUGAUCAGGCGCAAGAGGGUCCUCCAAGCGGCAGGGCCCGGCGGCGCGGCAGGGGCUCGCGAGAGGCGCCGGCAGCACCGGCAGGAGGAGGACAAUCUCACUCUGCUCGUGUCCAUCACCCUCGUGUCGCUCGUAUGCACCACGCCGCUCACGGUCCGUGCGAUCGUCAACGCCGUGACCUCGAAGUCGGACUACAACCGGGACCUAAACGCUCUGCGGCUGCACGCCUUCAACCCCAUCCUGGACCCCUGGAUGUACCUGCUGGGGCGCCAUUCGUUCUUCGUGCGCAUCCGUCGCUUCGUGCGCCGCCUGUGCGGCCGCUGCCCGAGGCCGUGCCUAGGGAGGGAGACCCCGGGGAAGGUCUCCCGCGCCGCGCCAGGACUCCGCAAAGCGCUCGCGGACACGGGGGCUGAGAGGGGCCUCGUGUCGGUUCGGCGUGGCGAGCAGCAGUCGCUGGAUCAGCAGCAGCAGCGUGAUCCCAACCAUCAUCCUCAGCGGGAACACACGGAGCAACGUCAUCAGCAGCAGCAUCAGCAGCAGAAGCAGCAGGAUCCAAAUUAUAAUCAGCAACAGCAGCAAGAGCAGCAGCAGCAACAACAAUCCCAUCAUCAGCAGAAGCAUUGGCAGUUGGGGAUGCUGGGGCGGCAUUGUAAACUGCCGCAGCAGCAGGUACAGCAGCAGCUUUGUCAUUUGCAAAAGCAGCAGCUGCAGAUGGUGCCACAUGAACAGCAAUGUCUAUAAAAGCAAUAAUAUAAUCAGCAGCAGCAUAAACAGGAACAGCAUCGUAAUCUACAGCAGCAGCAGUAAUAACGGUUGAGGCGGCAACUGAGGGAGUAGCACAGUUAUUUGCUGCACGUCAAUUAUGAGCAGCAGCACGAGCUACCUACUCCUUCUGGUCGUGAUGCACGAUACCCACUAGCAGUUGGUGAGAGUACUUGGCUUGCUGCUCCUCUAGGUCGACUCAAGAGUAGAGUUAGGAAUUGCUUGCAGUGUGUUCAACACUAGCACUAGAGCAGGGGUGGGGAACGUCCGGCCCGCGGGUCGUAUAAGGACCGCGAAAUCAUUUGGGUCUGGCCCUGCCAAGGCAACCGCAGGCGGGACUCGAAAUUCAAUAAAUCUAGGAGCAAACCUGGAAAAGCAGUUGCGAGUAGCAGAAUAAUCAAUACCAGCUAACAUCAUCACACGCCUCACCAAAGAGAAACAGUUCCAGCCAUCACAUUAGGGGUGAGUUAAUUUAAUGUUUGACCAAAUUUAACAGGCUAAUUUAUAUGGCCCGCGAAUGGUGUUAUAAAUAUCCAAAUGGCCCUCGGCAGAAACAAGGUUCCCCUGCCCCUGCACUAGAGAGACAAAGGUGCCCCAUGCAGGCGUGUGCAGUAUUUACCAACACCGCACCCCCGUGCGCUUAGCCUGCCUCAAUAGGUGCUCGCUAACAGAACUUACUUCUACAAUCUAUACGGCUCAACAGAAUACCUUUCAGAUCCCGAGAUAUCUCCACUGCUGGAUGAAGGCUUUCUCCGUUCCGUCGUAACCCCGCACGGGUCCUACGAUGCAAAAAUCCAUCUCCCUCCUCAAAAUCAACUGAACUCAUCGCUCCAUCUUCGCAAGGAUCAACCUCUCUGGCGAGCUCAGUCGUUUGGCUGCCGUUCGACCAUCAGUCUCGUCCAUCACCAUCAUACCCUCUAGCCAUGACGUGCCCUGACCAAGCCUGCUUACUUUUUUAUUAUAGCAGUCGAUAUGGUGUUUGUCAUUUGUGCUUGGUCUUUGAUCCAUGCGUUCCUCUCACUGGCUCUCAUUGUAAUACCCAGCAUACAUCUCUCAUGCUAAUUCCAGCAUGCAUCUCUCAUUGUAAUACCCAGCAUGCAUCUCUCAUUGUAAUACCCAGCAUGCAUCUCUCAUUGAAAUACCCAGCAUGCAUCUCUCCACGCUUCUUUGCGCCCUCUUCAGAAUUGGUCACCAAUGCCUUUGGCAGUGUUCCACCCGCAGGGUCAUUGCGAAACUCUCCCCGAAUUGAAUGUCACAAUUCACCGCUCAUCCCGGUACGCACGCAUACACAAGGGGCCAGUCGACGGACGACGCACGCCCGAAUAGCCGAGUCUCUCCUUCGCGAAGGGUUGUGAGCGUACGCACGCCAAUAAACACAAUCGGUGACGCCGGACUGGCCGUCGCCAAUACGGAACAAGCCCGGGGCGUGUUCAUAACUCGCAGAUAACAACGCCACCCGCAUUACAUGAGGGAUGGGGUGGGGGAUAAGGUCAAUGGCACCUCAUCCUCCUCCUGCCACUCAUCUGAGUGGGGGUGGGAGGAUUGAUGCGAGGUGAUUGCCGGUAGAGUUGAAGGAAAAGCGCCACGCUGGGAUUCCAUUUCCUUUUUUCCAGGUCACAGGCGCCUCUCCACGCGCGCCUCGCUCUGCUAAAUAAACACGCGAAGGGGGAGAGGCACGCGUCUGCCACUUCUCUGCGCGUGUCUUUUUUAAUGUGCAAUAUGUCGCAGCGCAUGAUGUUGAUUGAUUCAUCGCCAGCUCUCUAAAAAGCACUCCAGCCCGCCUGCUCUGUCCUCUUUUAUUUGAAAUAUGUGAUCUCCAUCCGCCUUCGAUAAUCGCCAGUAACACUGUGGCCUUCCGAUGAAAAAUUACAUAAUAGGAGACGUUUCGGGCAAUGGUCCUUCUUAACAUGCAGAUACAUCAGAGAGGUAGAGUGGAAAAGAGUUCCCAACUCUAUGCUCUACUUUUCCGUUAAGGCCCACGGUGUUAUUAACGAAUGUUAGUGCCGAACGUGUUAAGUUAUUUGUGCAUCACUGUCAGUUACGCUAGACCAGGGGUCGGCAACCAAAACAACAAGAACUGGACCCCCAUGGUGAACUGGACCCCCAUGGUGAACUGGACUCCCAUGGUGAACUGGACUCCC